CUUUGGAGUGCUGUGACUAAGGGUAUGUGCUGCCACGCUCGGCUCUCAACGUUCUUUAAACUACUAUCUCAUUUGUUCAACAAGCUUUACUUGACUCCAUUGGUUUUGAGUUGAGGAAUCCUGUCCCCAACCUUUCCACUUGAGAGCGACUGCUGUGUUUAUCAGGCGUGUAACUUAGUAAAAUGUAUUUUUUUUUUUUUUUUGAGAUCACUAGCCAAUCAGGAAAUGAGGCUCCUUCGUGCUGUCUCCACCCCCAGGAACUGACUUCCCGCGUGCUUUCUGUGACAGACAGAUGGAAACAAGCUUGCGGCUUUGGAGCUGGACUGCUCUGGCACCUUGAGGGGCUGUUUAAGUUGGGACCCUGAUCCUUGAGCAGCCCCGGUUCUCGCUAGCUAAUUAAGGUUCGGUUGGAACUCCACAGACCCACUCCAGAGCUCAGCUUUUAGAAGGAUGGGGUUGUUGGAAGCUGUGAGUUAGUUUUGAAGCUGACAGUUUUGUUUCAAGGUGCUGGAGGCUUUUGUAAAUGUCCAGGCCAUUUGUCAUUUAAUUUCCCCGUGUCCUCCAAGCGUUUGGGUUCUUGUGGAAUUUGCUCCAAGUAGACUCUAGAGUUUCUGAUACCCCGAGCCAGGCUUGUUCUGGAAUCACGGCCCCCCAUUUUAAGUGCUAAAGAAUAGCAGAGAUUAGAUCACCGAACUGGAUUCCUAGGGGGCGCCAGAAAAGUUCUCAUCGCCAGGAAACGCCCUCUGACUGAACCCCAAGAACUGAAUUAAGUUUGGCCGCUCUCACUCUGGGGCCCUUCGGCCUCAAAAACCUCAAGCUGCUUAAGUCAUGACUAGUGGGCAGUACGUCCUGCCAUCUAACCUUGGGUGUCGUUUUCUUACCUGCUCAGCGGACUAGGUGGGCGUUGCCCGGAGGCAGGGGACUGGCCACGGAGGACAGCAGGGCAGGAAGGAGAGGCCCUGAGCGGAGAAGGCGGGACGCGCGGGCUGACCCGGCGGCUCGGGCUGGGGCGCCGCCCCUGCGUCUCCGCGCACACCCGGAAGCCGCGCGCAGCGGAGCCCUGCGAGUGUGUGGCCGCCAGGAGGCGAGAUGGCAGCGGGGCAGAGUGGGCAUGAAGAAUGGGUAGGCAGUGCAUACCUGUUUUUGGAGUCUUCAAUGGACAAGGUGGUCCUGUCUGAAGCCUACACAGAUCCCCUGAAGAAGGUGGCAAUAUACCAAGCUCUGCAGACUGCAUUGUCAGAGAGUGCGGACAGCCCUGACGUACUGCAGAUACUGAAGAUCCAUUGCAGCGACCCGCAGCUCAUCGUGCAAUUGCGUUUCUGCGGGCGCCUGCUGUGCGGCCGGUUCCUUCAAGCCUACCGCGAGGGGGCGCUGCGCGCCGCGCUGCAGAGGUGCAUGGCCUCCGCACUUGACCGGGAAGCCGUGCGGCUGCAAUUGGAGUUGCAUGCUGGCGCAGAGCAGCUGGACACUUGGCUGACCGACGAGGAGCGCUGUUUGAAUUACAUCUUAGCCCAGAAGCCGGACAGGCUCCGGGACGAGGAACUCGCGGAACUGGAGAAGGAGCUCGGCAAGCUGACGUGCAACUGCACUGGCCAGGGUGGAACCAUACAGGUUGACUCAACCGCUUCUAAGUCCCUGGUUCCCUCUCCGGCCAAGGAGAAGCCACUGCCGGCGGCCUGCCAAACUUUUCUGUUCCAUGGUCAGCCCGUAGUGAACCGGCCACUGAAUCUGCAAGAUCAGCAGACGUUCGCUCGCUCAGUGGGUCUCAAAUGGCGCAGGGUGGGGCGCUCGCUGCAGCGUAGCUGUCGAGCACUGAGGGAUCCUGCCCUCGACUCGCUGGCCUAUGAGUAUGAGCGAGAUGGGCUGUACGAGCAGGCCUUCCAGCUUCUGCGCCGCUUCAUGCAAGCCGAGGGCCGCCGUGCCACGCUGCAGCGCCUGGUGGAGGCGCUGGAGGAGAACGAGCUCACCAGUCUCGCAGAGGAUCUGCUAGGCCAGGCGGAGCCGGAUGGCGGCCUGGCCUAGGUCUGGUACUGUGGGGAGGGCGGUCAACCGGCAGCUGAGCCAGGGUUUGGACCCCACCGGUGGCUCUUGGGGUCUUUUUACUGCUGCUCUUGCUACUGCUGACCACUUUCCAGCCACUGGACUUGCCCAUUUUGCUAAGCUGCUGGAGCAGAACUGACUGCCUUUCCCAGGCGCCAGGCAAGCACCACGGAACUUCAGGGGUACAUCACUGAGCAUUCUACCCCAGAUUCUUUGAUGGAGACAGUGUGGAUGUCUCUGUCUUCCCAUCCUAAAAGAGGACUUCCUGAAAAAACUCCCCAAGUAUCUGGACCUUCUGAGGUUUAAAUGUCUGUCAUUCAAGGUGCUGUAAAUACUGUUGUGAUCAGGAUGCAAGAAUCUUCCCUGCCCUUGGCUCAUACUCAAUGUGGGACCUAAGCACUUUGCAACGCUAAUAAAAUUUAACCCUUUUACAGACUCAUGGGAAUACCGAGGUCUAGCCCAGGCUGGGUUAGGCUCUUUCAAGGGAUGAGUGGGCCAGGUGGAGUAGGAA